UAAUUACUGUAAAAUAUAGCAGCACAUCUUCCUCAUCUCUAGCAGCUAACAAGUCUGAGACACACUGUUGGGAAUAAAUUUAAUCACGAUUUAGAACAAUCCUGACGUACCGUUUGGAAAGGGGUGGGACUUUACCGUAGACGCCACAGAGCACGCUGGCAACUUGAUUGACAGCAGAGAUAUCCAAUCAGAGUUGCUCCUGUUACGACAGCUCCGCUGUUGGACCCUCAUUAGUUUUGUGGUACUGACAAAUAUGUCUGCCUCAGGGAGUCUCUCUUACCCACCAGCAGUAUGAAGAUGUAAGAAGAGCAUAUGACUGUUUUGGGAUUUUAUUCAGUUGGUUUCCACUUUGUCCCGCUUUAAAUAAGCAACCUUCAGGCAGUAUAAGUCAGGAAAGCAGGCAUCUUAUGGUGCUAGCUAACAGAGAUUUAAGCUAGCUGUCUCUAGUGAACAGACGCCAAUCGUAUCGGUGGCUGGCUAGCUAGCCGAUCAUUUAUCUGAAUUAGCUUAGCUUUCCACCAAGAAAAGACGUGCUUUCUGAAACUGCUGAAUGUCUUGAAGGAUGUCACCAUUUGGAUUUGCCGAUUAUAAUAAGGGGACAUAAUGCCACCAGGACUGACACAUCCUAUUCAGCCUUUCUGGAUCUACAGCCAUUGUAUCGUGUAUCUCAGCAUCAGGCUGGAUUCACCAGGAAUUCUGCAUCCGUGUUCCAUCCACGCAGACCAGGACCAUCAUAAGGAAGAAGGAAAGCACUGAACGGCACUGGGACAGCUGUCUGAUUCCUGUUUCUGGUUUAUGGAAGGAUAAUCCAGACCUGGAAACCCCCAGAUGGAACUUUCUUUUUUUUCAGUUCUUUUUCAUUUUUGAUCCAGUUGUUUCUGGGUAGUUGGUCCAGAGAGGAGGUAUCAUCCAGGGGACAGGGGUUUGGAGGGUGUCUCCAAGCCUCAGUGCUUUAUUCAGGGGCCCGGCCACGUCCCGGGUGAUCAUGACUGUUACAUAACUAACAGUCGCUGUAAGUGGAACAAGGAAACCAGCGGAUCGGAGAGGGUAAUAAUAGUCCCUGUUAGUCCACAUCAGGAACUGGAGUCCGUUCUCCACAAGUCCAUGUACAUGGAUACUAAUGGAUGACCUGCUGGAUUUUCCCCUCAGUAUUUUGAAGAGAAAACAUCAACCAGUUCCUGCUUUUUAUCUUUCAGUCCUAUCUGUAGUGGUCUAAACUGGCCACCAGUGGGGUUCAGGGAUGCCCCGACACAGGAAAACCAGACUACUCCACUGGCCUGCGUACAGACUGCUGAUCUUAAACAAGUUCCUGGACUGAACUGCUUUUCCCUCUUUUUCUAUUUCCACACUGCCUUUUACUGAACUGCUACAGACUUUUCUACACGUCAGAGUCCCACUUUCUACCUUUCUAAAGGGGAGCGCCAGUCAGACCGUCAUCCCCUUCUCUCUGAUUUCUGCUCCUCUAGCAGAACCAGCCUACCUCACCGUGUCCACCUGGAGUUCCCUGGAUCUGGAUCUGCUUGUCCAGCAUCAUAGUGUGCUUUAACUGACGGGUCUAAAUCCACGUCUUUUCAUUUUUCCACACAGCUUGUUUUUAUUGCGCUAUCAUGGUUUCUGAACCUUUUUCGUUGAUUUAAAGUAGCUCGUCUUCAGAAGUGUGUUCUGUUGUGGUGAGGCGGAACGGUUUCUGCUGGCUGACUCCUUCAGAUAACAUAUUUUUCCACAGUGGAUCGGGACUGGUGUAGGAAUACUUUCAUUCCCUCCUGAACUAAGUCUGGUGAUGAACCUGAAAACAGAAGCCAUCCUCUAGCAUUCCUCCAUCUCCUUCCUACCUGCCCUGUUUUCCCACCACUCGUCCAUCCACACCGGACGUUUGAAUGACGGCUUCCUGGGCGUAGCAGUCUAACCAGACCCGCCGGUGACCACACAGGAAGUGAUGCCAGGUAGCAGCAGUAAGAGCGGAGGACGGGGUGCGUCCUCGUCGCCUCUCCCUCACGCUGUGGUCCCGCCCAGCAGACCCCUGAGACCCUCCCGCUACGUUCCGGUGUCGGCGGCCACCUUCUUCCUCGUCGGCUCCACCACGCUCUUCUUCUGCUUCACAUGUCCGUGGCUUUCAGAGCGUUUCUCUGUAGCUGUUCCCAUCUACAAUGGAGCCAUCUUCUUAUUUGUGUUGGCUAACUUCUGUAUGGCCACAUUUAUGGACCCCGGCAUCUUCCCAAGAGCUGAGGAGGACGAGGACAAGGAAGAUGAUUUCCGCGCUCCGCUCUAUAAGACGGUGGAAAUUAGAGGGAUCCAGGUCAGGAUGAAGUGGUGUUCAACCUGCCGGUUUUACAGGCCUCCACGGUGCUCCCACUGCUCCGUCUGUGACAACUGUGUGGAGGACUUCGACCAUCACUGUCCAUGGGUGAACAACUGCAUCGGCAGGAGGAACUACCGCUACUUCUUCCUCUUCCUCCUGUCUCUUACGGCACACAUCAUGGCUGUGUUUGGCUUCGGCCUGCUCUUCAUCCUCUACCAUCAGCAGAACAUCGACCGUCUCCAUGCAAUCGUCACACUGGCUGUAAUGUGUGUUGCAGGUCUGUUCUUCAUCCCCGUUGCUGGUCUUACUGGUUUCCAUGUAGUGCUUGUGGCCAGAGGCAGGACGACCAAUGAGCAGGUGACGGGGAAGUUCAGAGGGGGUGUUAACCCUUUCACUAACGGCUGUUGGAAGAACGUUACUCGUGUCCUCUGCAGCUCUCAGGCACCCAGGUAUCUGGGCAGGAAGAAGUGUGUGCAGAGCGUGAGUGUUCAGCCUCCAUUUCUUCGGCCACAGCUGACAGAAGCCCAGCUGGCUGCAAAGAUCCUGGACAACGGCAUCCAAGGAGACCUGCACAGGUCCAAGUCCAGUCUAGAGAUGAUGGAGAGUCAGUCAUGUGAUGCUGAGCCACCGCCGCCUCCUAAACCGGAGCUGCGUUACCCUGGAGUCAGCAGGGGAAACACUGAGGACUGCAGCCUGCUGAACAAAGCCCCUCCCACCCCCACCAUGUACAAGUACCGGCCUACCUACAGCCCAGGAAAGAACCACACAGCACUGACGCAUGCCUAUGCUAACCAGUUAAGUCGAGGUGAGAGUGUCGGCAGUGCCAGGGACUCCUCCUCCUCCACCUCCUCCCUCCUCCAAGCCAGCCAGCAGCCUGGUUUCCGCUCGCAGCCCAGUCUGGACCGGAGGGAGGCUUCAUCAGACAGAGUGGGGGGGACCGCUGGAGGGGAGAGGAGGGAAGGAGGAGGGGGGGGGAUCCCUGGCUACUCCCUGGGUGGGCGCUCCUACCCCUCCUUUUCAGAUCCCACCGUCCUUUCCGGAGUGGCAUCUCGAUCUUCCAGCUCCACCCACACCUCAGCGGGCGCCGCCCACAUCUCCGAGGCAACGACCACCUCUGCCAGCUUCAAAAGUUUAGCCAAUCAGACACCACCACCUCACCAUCCGUCUCGUAAUGGCAGCUUGUCCUACGACAGUUUAUUGGCCGGGGGAGAUGAGUUUGACAAAGGCAGGGUGUCUGGUCCUGCAGCCCCUGAUGUUCCUUCUGGGAGACCCUGUACACCAGCGACAGGCAGCUACGGUUCUUCCUUCCUGUCCCAGCAGAGAGACGCCGACAUCCAGUCCCAGUCCUCCCAGUCCCCCCAUCACCACCACCACACCUCACACCACCACCACCCCUUCCUUCACCGCUCCUCCUCCUCUACCACCUCCUCCUCCCCACCUCCUCCCCCAGAGAGGGAACGCCUGCUGGUGGAGCCCCACCCCGGGGCCAAUCAGAUAUCCUCAGCCCCACCCCCCCCACACCACCAUCACCAUCACCACCACCACCACCACUCUCACCAUCACCACCACCACUCCUCCCACGCUCCUCGCUUCACUGCCCCACAGCCCCACCACGCCUAUCCUUACCGCACACGCUCUACAGACACCCCCCUGGGCCCCUCCUCCACCACCCACCCUACCCACUCCCCACACCCCCCACCCCUUGGCAAGUCGCUCUCCUACUCGAGCGCUGCCGCCGCCGAAAUGCAGUACCGGCUGGUCCGCAAGGCGUCGGCGUCGGCUGGAGCCAACGCAGCGGGGGCAGGAGGAGGAGGAGCAAUACCGGCACCAAAGGAUGAACUGAUCCAGAUGAAACCUCUGAAUCGGACCAACGGCAGCCAGUCCUUUUCUCCCUCCUCAUCCUCCUGUUCUGCCCCUUCCUCCCCUUCUCGGCCCAUGACAGCACCUGCCCGGCCUGUAACGACUCGGCCCAGCGUGGCAUUGCCGCAGAGCACCACCCACAAGCCGCAGGGCAGCGGGGUAAAGAAGGUGACAGGCGUCGGGGGAACUACCUAUGAGAUUUCAGUGUAAACAGCAGCCCACCUGCUGUCCACUUGUCCUCAGACACCCUGCAGAUGACAUACCGGCUGUUCUUCUGUGGAUCUUACUGGACCAAACUGAUCCUGUGAGGAGGCGUUAGCAUAGCAGUGCUAGCAUUAGCACUGCCAGGACCUGGAUCACAAGGACCCACCAGACCAGGCACUUACAACUGCUUUAAAAAGAUUAAAGUUAGCAUUUUGAGACUCCAGCUGGUCUCAUCAGACCUAUUUAUAGAUUUCACCCUGAUCUGAGUCAUUGAUCAGUCUGUGGAAGCUGUUCAGAGCAAACUGAAGGUUUUUUAAUCAUCAUACUGGUUCCAGUAACAGCACGGUGCUGUUAGGACCAAGAACACCAGGACAUUUGUGUAAACACGUGUUGUGAUGCAUGAAAUCAAUAAUGCAGCCCGAACAGAAUCCCUCUAACCUGUCGUCUCCUGGAGGUCACGGUCACACCUGAAGAUAUAAACCAGAGUGACUGGAGGCUGGGAGAGGGGCACCAGUCAGCUUCUCCAUCGGUGAUGAUGGAGCAGGAAACCAAACGUUUAGGG